UUCAUAAUGCGCGGCGCUGGGGCGCUUGCUGGGACCCGUUGGAGCUCCUUCGACCCGUUCGGACUCGCAGAUUUGUAGGCGUCUGCUUCCACUCUCGCACUUCUCCCGUCACAAGUUGACCAGCCUCCGGGAGACAUGUCCGCUCAGGGCUUGUUGAGCAGCGUUUUCUCGUGCUCGCUGAGCCCCAAAACUCUCUCCAAACGUUGCCUGCGACAGACCAGGAGUUUGGACUCGACGCUGGUGAGACAUUACGGGACCGACGCGGAGGGGACAUCGUUAAAGGUCGGUGGCCCGGUGGGCUCGAGGCGGCCCGGCGGCUUCACGGUGCAGGGUGACUUCACCUGGAACAGCGUAUCAGGACGUAACGUUGGCCUGAGGCCCGUCCCUCUGCAAAGCCUCUCGGAGUUGGAGAGGGUCCGUCUCCAGGACGUGGCCUUCAGACGAUUGCUCCGCAAUGGGGACCCGGGCUGCCAGAUCACAAUCCCUAAAUAUGGCUACAAGCACAAGAAGUUACUGAGGCGGAAGUUAGAUUCAUUAUCUAAAGAGAGGAGUAAGGACAAAGAGACGGUGCCCCGGGCGUUCGGCAUACCUCUGUCGCAGGUCAUAUCCAACGACCGCACACACAAGCAGCGGCAGGAUCCCCCGCGGGAGGAGCACGGCGAGCUGAUGCUGUCCUUCCUCAACUUCAACUACAGCUUCCGAAGGGGCAACAAGGAGCUCUCCAGCAGCAGCUCGUCCCUCAGCUCCACUUCGGAGACCCCCGGCGAGUCCCCCGCGCUCGACGCAGCCGCCCCGCGGACGCGCAGGCGGGGUGGAGUAUCCGUGGACUGCAUCACUGACCUCGACGAUAACCAGUCUCGGCUCCUGGAGGCCCUUCAGCUCUCUCUGCCGGCGGAGGCGGCCGGCAGCAGGGAGAAGCGACGUGACAAAAAGCUCAGCCUUAACCCCAUUUACAGGCAGGUGCCCAGGGUGGUGGAUCUGUGCUGCCGGCACCUGGAAAAAUACGGCCUGCAGACGGUUGGAAUCUUCCGGGUUGGAAGUUCCAAGAAGAGGGCGCGACAGCUCCGCAAGGAUUUUGACAGGGGCUGGGAGGUGCAUUUGGAUGAGGAUCAAAGCGUCCACGAUGUAGCUGCGUUGCUUAAAGAGUUCCUCAGAGACAUGCCUGACCCGCUGCUAACAAGAGAACUCUACACGGCAUUCAUCAACACAAUGUUGCUGGAGGAUUCGGACCAAGACAGCGCCAUCCAGCUCCUCAUAUUUCUGCUUCCCCCCUGUAACAGCGACACGCUGCAGCGCCUCCUCUGCCUGUUGUCCACAGUGGCCGCGCACGCUGACGACACCUUCACAAAGGACGGAGAGAGGAUCACAGGAAACAAGAUGACAUCACUCAAUCUGGCAACCAUCUUUGGACCCAACCUCUUGCACAUGCAAAAAAACUCCGACAAAGAGUUUGCCGUCCAGAGCUUUGCCCGCGCGGAGGAGAGCUCAGCCGUCAUCAGCGUGGUCCAACGGAUGAUCAACACAUGUGAUAAGCUUUUUAUGGUUCCUGCUGACAUUCAGAACGAGGUGCUCAUGAGUGUGCAAGAAACCGAUCCCGAUGUCGUGGAUUACUUGCUGCGAAAGAAGGCCUCUCAGGACUCUGAGCCGGGCCUCCUCAGUGCAGGGGAUCCCUUCUCCCCGACUGAGAGAUGCGUAUCCAAUGACUCCAUCGAAGCAUCUAGUGGAGAGGUGUCUCCGUACGAUAACAACUCUCCUGUCCUGUCCGAUCGACUGCUGUGUAAAUACCCUGAAGAUAGCAGUCUCUCCGAAAGGCACCCCAGACUUUCUGGGCAGUACAAACUCAGCAGCUGUAGUAAAGACGGAUCCGGCAGCACUUCUCCUACACUUUCUACGGAUAAAGAGGCCUCAACUGACGAUUUCUGGGACACCUGGCAUGAACUAUUCAGCAAGGACUUUACCGGCCAUCACGUUACUGGCUCCCUCGGAGACGUGUCGGAAUGCGAGUCGGAUGGAUCUUCAGAGGGGCUGAGCGGUCACCAAGGUAACAACAAGCUGCCUGUCAGACAAUCACAGACCCCAGUGGGCGUAAUGGGAAUCAGGCCACACCCCCCAGUGACUCGCAGCAGCAGUGGUCCUCACAACCAGAGAGGACAGAGACAACCCACAUCAUUACCUCAGGGGUUGAGCAGCCAAUCGGCGGUCCUCAGCUCGGACAGCCGAGCGGAAAAGACAAGGCCGCCGGCGUGUGCAUCAAUUAAGGUCAGAGCGGACGGCGCGUCUCGACCUCGCUGCUCGGGACAGCUGAGGGAGACGCACAUGUCUCAGUCCACGCCCUCCCUCUUCUCUUAUCAGAGCGACACCCAAACCCCGCAGCGGCACCAGCGAAGCCCCGUCCCCCAGGCUGUAGUUAGCGCAGACGCCUCGGGGCCUGGACCACAGAAGCGCCCUGGUACGCCGAACUGGCAGACAGAGAGGUGGCAUAUAUGGAAUAUACUGUCAAAAGAAAAUGCAGACGCUCUGCCCGAGACGUUGGUUUGACGCACCUUGUGACUGUGGUAAACAAUGUGGUCGGUCUCCUGCCACAGCAGCAGCUGCCGAAAUGCCGCUGUUUGUCAGUAUAUGCAGUAGGAGGUAAUGUGGGGUUUUUUCAGGAGCAUGUGUAAGUGUUUAUAUAUUCAUAUUGAUGUGUGUUAUCAUUACGUAAAUUAUACUUUCUUGUGAAUAAUUGAAGUUUGAGUUGCCGCCAUAAACGCAGAGAUUAUUUGAAAUACAAUCAUGAAAAUCUUCUAUUUUCACCUGACAUAAUGUCAUAUUUAGACUUGAAAGGUAUUCAUUUGAAACCAUGAAUGUUCUUAAGCUGAAUGUAACUAUAUCAAUUUUGCCUAUAUUGUCAUAUUGCUUUAAAUGUGUACCAUAUAAAGUACCAUGGCUUAUUUUAACAUUUAGUUUUAUUAUCAAAUCCAAUUAUAAACUACUUGUAGAAAUGCUGCAGAAUUAGCAUUUGAGAUUCUGUAUAUCUUCCAAAGUUUUGACACAAAGUCUACAUGUGUAAAGUUGGCUGCAUGAAGUUUAUUUCUGUGGUAGGGCAUGAGACAAUCUUAUUGUAACAUAAUGGGAUAAGUGAUUGCAAAGUGGUGGAGGCCAGGACAUACAUGUUAUGUACCAAUUUGUCUAAUAUACUUUGGAAUUCAGUGAGGCCAUCUCCUCCCUUCAGGGUUAGUUUUUGUAAUCUUUUUGCCCAUUGCCAUGUAAUUACCCAUAUCAUUUAAGCUGAUCUCAAAUCGUCCACAGUCACAAGUAACAAAUAUAAUCAACAAUGUAGGAAAGGAUGUAAAGGUAAUUAGGUGCAUAUUGAAUUCCUAUAACAACUGUGUUUUCUGGUGAAUGGGAACAAAAGAAUUUGACCUUUUCACAUAGAAUCUAAAAUAGAAAUGUUCAAGCCAAUGUUUACUCACGUAAAACCACAUUUUUACAAUCAAACACUUGAAAUAAUGAAGGCACUUGCAAACGUUCUUCUGGCGUCAAGUCAUAAAACAUUGAAACAAUUACCUGAAAUGGCCACAGGAGGGAAGUAUGACACCAGGAAAUGUUUUUCAAUUUCCUUUUGCUUCCCAAAUUGUAAUCGUGUGCAAUGUGUGUACGCAGUGGGUUUUAAUGACUCAUUGCACACUUUAAAGCUAUUGAUUCAGUUUCUUUCUUAGUAGGCGCUAUGAUAGGGAUGUUGGGGAUUCCAUGUGUUAUGGAUGAUUGCUUUCUACGUAAAGAUCUUUUACUCUUGUCUUCUAUGGCCGUCACUAGUGAGUUACCUUUUCUUUUAUCAACAAUAACCCUGCUCUACACGAAUAAAGACGAUAACAAUAACAUUUAACAUUGGGUAAACAUUUUAUACUACUGGAAUUGCCAGAAGUGCCCACAUAAGUGUGCAAUUAUGCAGGAAAUGACUACUAUUGAAAUCUGGCACAGAUUGCAAGUGGCGUAUAACAAUCUGAGAAGGCCGUUUUGAGGAUACGACAGUAUGCUUAUUUGCCCUAAAGUGUUGGAAACGAUUGAAUUCAAGUCAUUGCGUUUAUACAUUUGUGUUUUAAACCAAGUUUACUCCCAAUCCGUUUUCACAAUAAUCAUGCCCCUCCUUGAUAAUAAACACUUCUCUUGUUAAGAAAAGCUUUGGAGAUUUUCCUCAGCAACGAGGCACGUGGCUAAACCUCCUUGGCCCUGUCUGGCUGCACAUGUGUGCGCCAAGCUGCAUUUGGCCGGCACACAAUCCCGUUGUGACCGAGGAGACAGAACGGGCCGUCUGGUUGUGUUUUACAGAAUACGUGACGGUUACUUGCCCCCUCUGCAUCUGCACUGCAAAUGUUGCAGUUUGCAUUCACUAUAACCACUGAAAGUAGCGCACACCAACAGGCUGAUCAUUCAGCAAAGAAACAGCCCGGAGAUGAUUAUUCCCU